CCCUUCCCUCCUCCAAUAAAAUAUUAGUGCUACUUACUACUGACGACUCUUGAGGUUUAAUCCGAUAUUAGCCGUUUAAUUUGAAGAUAUCUUUGAGAUUUCUUGCUUAUUUAGUCAUUUGCCUAUUUAGCCAAGAAAAUCUAUGGUGACAACGACAAACCUUGCAAUUCAACUCGCACCAAAUUAAGGAUCUUUUAUACCGUCAAAAUGGCGGAACUUUCACAGGGAGAUCGCGACAUUAUCAAGAACCAUCCUCUAACCAACUCAGUCAAUAGUUUACAAGGUGUGCUUCAGGAAGCUGAAAAAAUCUAUGAGUCGCGCCCUCUCAACAGCCUUGACCAACUCUAUCAGGGGGCGACUUCGGGACUCCUCUCAGCUUUACAGGGAGAGGAUGCAGCUUACAGCCUUCGCUCACGGAUGAGUGAUGGAAAUGUGGCAUCUGAUCUAGCACAAUUAGUCGAGCGCCUCCAAAAGGCAAAAGGAAACUUCAGAUACUACGAGUAUCGGCUGCUAGUAUGUCUAGUCAUCCAAAGACCACCAGACAUCGAACUCCAGAGCGUCGAAAAAUGGAACAUCGACAUCUGGAAAGCUAUAUUUAACCUCAUUGUCACAAUCCCUCGAACAACACCAUCAGCGAGCAUCCCCCCCUCCUUUGACAACACCCCAGUCAAAUCCACCUCAUCAUCACAGAAAGGUUCCAAACAGACACUUGAGUUAGUGAAUCCAAGAAUCUUUGAGGAGAUACAUGACUGCAAAUUUCAAGAUGUUGAGGGCUUCUUCAACAAGUACUUUGAGGGAAAAGACUGGAGCAGCAAAGCAGAUGCUAUCUGUCAACAUGUGCUAGCCUCAGACAAAGAUCUUCUCUUGAAAUCAUGCGGCAUCUACUACACCACAGCAAGCAAAGCAGAUCUUACUGGUUCAAAGACAGAACAGCAAGUUGAUCUUCUUUUGAGAGCUAGGGGUGAGAGUCUCUCACAGAAUAAACAUGACUGGAGAGACAUUCUGGUAGUUGAUGAGCUCAAAAAAUCUAAGGAGGAGAUCAGGAUCAAAGGCACUCUGUUGCAGAUGAGCCGCUAUGUGCAUGAGAUCUUUUCUGCCCAGCUCAUCUGGCACUCAGGCAUCAUCAACAUUGACACAGAUUCAAGACAGUUCUUUCAAGUGCUUGUGAGUUACACCAUGAUGAGUGAUAAGAAGCUGGGACUGGAUAUCUUUAUUGUUAGAGAUGAAGGUGGCAGCAAAUCAAUAACUGUCAAAGAGCCUGGAAACUCAGAGGAAAAGAUGCUGCAGCUAGGGGAAAUGCUUUCUUUUCAGCAUGUCAUUAUGUCAGACAAACGGCAGCCAGAGGCAGAAGUUCUCAAGCUAGCAGGUCAAAAAAAUGUCCAAGGGGUUGCCAGGAUCAUUGGCCACAGUGUCAUCACUAGUAUUGCUGACAUGCGCUGCGGCCUGACCUUCAACAAUAAGCAACAUGACUUCAAAAGUGCACCCCCCAGCACACCCUUCUUCUUUCAUCAAUCUCAGCUGCUCACUGAGCCCUGUCGCCUAGAUCUCCAUCAAAAAUCGUCUUCCAUAAAGCACAGAUCCCCAGACAAGGGGAUGCAGACAUUCAAACGAUCGCGUUCCAUCAAUCAACUGUCAAGGGACACUCAGCAGGAGCAUGAGCCCAUCAAUCAACUGUCACAGGACACUCAGCAGGAGAAUGAGCUAGCUUUCUCCAUUCAGUCAGCACACAAGCCAAGCCUAUUUGACAGGGAUGGUGAGGAACUCUAUGACAACCGUGUUCUUCACUGUCUUGUGAUAUCACCCGCUGGCCGGUCAAUCUACAGAUACAAGUCACCCCUGGAGCUGCUCAAGGCCCUUCGCGAUGUAAUAAAGGCACACCAGCCUCUAUAUCUGGAUGGGAACAUUCUUCAUCAGGAUAUUUCAGAGAACAAUAUAAUAAUAAUCAAUCCAGAUAAGACAGAUGAUCUCUCUGACAUGCUAAUUGAUCUAGAUCUUGCCAAAGAAGUUGAUAGCAGGUGA